AUGGCAACCGUGCAGGGGUCCUCGUUGCCACUUGAUAAAGCUGGGCGGCGUGUCCCACACAUUCCGCCCACCGACGCAUCCGACCUGAUCCACACCCUCGAACUCAUUCGCAAGCGACCCGCGCUCGAUGCGCUCGCCCAAGCGCUCGCCUCGCCCGUCGGGCCUCGCGAUUGGACCCGCUUCUGCCGAUGGGCCAAGACUCUCAACCCCCUCCCCCCGCUCCUCGUCCAAGCUUACAACAGAAGUCUCGUCCAAGACGAGUACCAGAAGCUCCGCCAGGGCGAGCAGGAGACCGCCGAGCACUUCUAUCACAGGUUCACUCACUGGGAACUCCGCGCAAUGUAUCAUCACUGCAACUACGAGCCCCGAAGCGCGUUCCUCGAAUGUCUGAAUGCCCACCUGCGGCCAAAGGUGUGCAGUAGAAUGGACGACUUCAAACGAUAUAACCUGCCGAUCGUCUUUGGCGAUGUCGUCACUGCCGCUCUCAACGAGGACAGUUCCGAGUGA